ACCUUUCAAACAAAUCGUCGACCAAAGCCCAAACCAUAUCUACCUUUUCAGAAGACAAUUCCAUUUAAACAACAUCCUCAUAUCCCGAAAUGUUCUUAUCUUAAAAGAUCAAAUACACCCGAGAGAGGGAGAGACCCCUCAUGUAGUUCACUGGCAGUGCAAACUUUCAUAGAACGCGACUAUGGCUGUUGACAGUGUUCCGCUUCUCAACACUCAUGGUCAUGGCAAUGAUAACAACCAAUUAGAAAAUCCUGUUAGAUGGGUUAAGGAAUUCGGACAUGAGUCCAAGAGGUUAUGGCGUCUUGCAGGGCCAGCAAUUUUCACAGCAAUUUGUCAGUAUUCAUUGGGUGCACUCACGCAAACGUUUGCUGGCCUUGUUAGUGAGCUAGACCUUGCUGCGGUGUCCGUAGAGAACUCUGUUGUAGCUGGUCUUGCUUUUGGUGUUAUGUUAGGAAUGGGGAGCGCAUUGGAGACGCUAUGUGGUCAAGCAUAUGGUGCUGGUAGGCUAAGGAUGUUGGGGGUGUACAUGCAGAGAUCAUGGGUCAUUCUAUUGACUACAGCAUGUUUAUUGGUUCCCAUCUACGUUUGGUCACCUCCCAUUCUUCAACUAUUUGGAGAGACCACAGAAAUCUCCAACGCUGCAGGUAAGUUUGCUGUGUGGAUGCUGCCACAAUUAUUUGCUUAUGCUAUGAACUUCCCUAUACAGAAGUUCUUACAAGCUCAGAGGAAAGUCAUGGUAAUGGCUUGGGUAUCAGCCCUGGUACUAGUGCUACAUGCCUUUUUCAGCUGGCUGCUGAUACUUAAACUCGGAUGGGGCUUAAUCGGAGCAGCAAUUACUUUAAAUACAUCAUGGUGGCUCAUAGUUAUUGGACAGUUUCUAUACAUUUUUAUUACCACGUCGGAUGGUGCUUGGUGUGGAUUCUCAUGGCUAGCAUUUGCGGAUCUAUUUGGCUUCGUCAAGCUUUCUUUGGCUUCUGCUGUUAUGUUAUGCUUGGAGUUUUGGUACUUGAUGGUGAUAGUAGUUAUAACUGGUCGCCUGCCAAACCCUCUGAUACCAGUUGAUGCCAUUUCUAUUUGCAUGAACAUAAAUGGAUGGGAUGCCAUGAUUGCAAUUGGGUUCAAUGCUGCCAUAAGUGUGAGAGUAUCAAAUGAACUAGGAGCUGGAAACGCUUGGCUUGCAAAAUUUGGUGUGCUAGUUGUUUCAAUUACAUCUGUGGGCAUAGGAGUUGUUUGCAUGAUUGUGGUGUUUGCAACCAAAGAUUACUUCCCUUACCUAUUCACCAACAGUAAUGCUGUUGCCGAAGAAACAACCAAGCUAGCUACAUUAUUGGGGUUUACGGUACUCUUAAACAGCCUCCAACCGGUCUUAUCUGGUGUUGCUAUUGGAGCUGGUUGGCAAGCUCUUGUUGCGUACAUCAAUAUUGGAUGUUACUAUGUUGUUGGAUUACCGGCUGGCAUACUCCUUGGAUUCACAUUUGGAUUUGGGGUUAUGGGUAUUUGGUCAGGAAUGAUUGGAGGCAUUGUUUUACAAACCUUAAUCUUGAUAGUUGUCACUUCACUUACCAACUGGAACAAGGAAGCUGAAGCAGCAGAAAGUCGUGUGAAGAGAUGGGGAGGAUCAACUGGAGAGCAAUGAUUUUAAACCAGGGUCCGGUUAUACAAUAAAUUAGCAGAAGCGGCUGAGAAUGUCGACAUCGAAAUCUCAUUCCAUCAAGUUUAGGUCUCCAAUCAUCUAAAAAGUUUGAUUCCGACAAACUGAGGAAUUGAAUCGGUUGCAUUCAGGAUUGAUUUGAAUAUUCAACUUUGCUGUGCUAACCAUUCCUUUUGAAAUUUCCUUGAUUGUGCUGAAUAAAGAAAUUGGACAUUUCAACCAUAAUUUCCUGAACCACCUUCCCACCAUAUCCUAAACAACAUGUUAACCAGUGCUAUGUUAAU